AUGGCCUUCCCCUACAUCGACACACCGCGCACGGAAUACGACGGCAACGCGACUUACCUUACAACCGGAUUUCGCAGCGCGGGGCGGCAGCACUUGUCUGCACUCGAUUCUCUUGAAAAUUCGUUUCAAACACCAUCUAAAGACAAUGAUGUGAUUAAAGGUUUCGACAAACGCGUCACUCCGCGCCCCGGUGCUGCUUCCAAAUCAACGAGAAGCGCGUUACGACACCUUCCAUCAACAGCCCCCGAAAAGGGAGAAUUUACUCCGUUAAUGAAGAGCGCGACAAAGAACAAUCUUUUGAGGAAUAUGUCUGCGGCCCGAGGAACAGACGGUCCGAAAACCCCCGGAUAUCAGCGAGAGACCCAUCGCAGCAAUGCCCACACACCCGGCUUGCCUGCUAUGGAUAUGUCUGACAUAUACGAGGAUCGGACAAUGGAAGAGGCAACUCCGGUUCCACAUGCUGCAAGCAGUAGUGCGCAAAGUACACCAUUGCCGGGGUAUGCAGGACGUAACGGAGGAGUCCUUGGUGAGGGAGGGAAUAACUUGUCGCUCAAGGACCAAGCUAUGGCCAUUGAUCAACUGAGCAAAGUCAAUUUCAGUUUAAAGCUGAGGAUUCACUUUAUGGAAGAACAACUCCAAAAGGCUGGCCCGGAAUACAAUAACGAAGCCCUCAAAGAAAACAGGGAGCUCAAGGUCUUGCGACUAACGAUGCAACGCGAUAUCUCCCGAUACCGGAAGAGCCUUCAGCAAGCAGAGAAAGAUCUUGAGGACUACCAGCUACAGCUAGUGGAAUUAAAGGAAAAAUCAUGGAGGGAGCAAGCGGAUCAGACGGUACAGCGUGAAAUGGAUAUGAUGCGUGAAGAGCUUGAAUCGCGUGACCUUGAACUCCGAGAAGUGCGCGACGAAUUGAGGCACGUCAAAGAUACCAAAUCGCAAGAGACCGAGAAACUUCGAGACGAUAUUGAGGACUUAGAAGCAAGCUCGAGAGAGAAAGAUCGGCUCCUCGAGGAACGCGAAGAAGAGCUCGAGGAUCUGAAACGUAAUGCCGAGGAGAAUGGCGCAGCUUCAGAGCUCCAGCUUGAGCUGGACCGUGCCAAGGAGCAGAUCCAAGAGCUCCAUGACAGUCUUGCCCGGGCCAAUUCAGAGACCAGAGAGUCACAGGAUGCGACGAGACAAGCCAUUGAAGAAAAGGAUCGUGCAGAGGAGGAUUUGAGAGAGUUACAGGACGAAAUGUCGAACAAGUCCUUUACCACCAAAGGACUGAGCCGGCAAAUGGAAGACAGGACCGAAAAGCUCGAAGAAGAAAUACGCGAGCUGCAACGAGAGAACGACGCUCUGACGACAGAACUGGAGAGCAAAACCAAUCAUGCGGGUCUCCUCGAAGAGCGUUAUCAAACUAUUCAGCAUGGCCUAGAAGAAAACGCUAAUCAACUGGUUGGGGACCUUAACGUGGCCAGACGUGAUCGCGACCAAGCCCGACAGGACCUCAGAACUACUUCUACUCGACUGCAGGAAGCCUUAGACGAACUUCGGCGCGGAACGGACGAAAAGGAACUUCUUCAAACUCGCCAUAAUGCGCUAACGAAUGAAUCUGGAGGACUACAACUCGAACUCGACCGUGCACAAUCUAGAAUCCGCGAACUCCAAAAAGCGGUUCAAGACGCCACAUCUCGCGCUCAGGAUGAAGGGCACAACAUUCGCUGGCAGCACAAGGCGGAACUUGAACGACUACAAGAGGAGAUCGAAAACCUUCACCAUGAGAUUGAGGAGAAGGAGGGUCGAUUUGCAGUCGAUCAAAGUCGAUGGGAGAGCAGCAAGCGGACUCUGCAAUCAGAGAAAGAGUGGGCAGAAGGCCAAGUGGCAGACUUGAAGCGCACUAUCGACACGCUUCAGGAAGCCGGUAGCUCAUACUCUGGGAAGGAGUCCCGUCUACAAGAGGCCAUUGACAGCGAGAAAAAGCGUUACACGCAAGAAAAGUCUAUGUUGAAUCGCCAAAUCCAAGAUCUUAAAGACGACCUCGAUAAAACAAGACGCGACCUUGAUGAAAAACGAGACGAGCUUCUUACGGCGAAGCAGGAAGCUCGGGUAUCUAGUCGUGAAGCGCAAGCACUUGUAGACAAGGUGCGAGCCCUGGAAGACGAGGUGAUCGUUUUACAAUCGAGUCUGGCAGAUGAGCAAGAACUUGCUAAGGGUCGACAAAAUGGGACUUCUGACCUGGAUAAAAACUUGGAAAAGUCUAUUGCCGAGAGGCAAAAACUCCGUGAUCAGCUUGCAAAUGCUCAUGUCGAGAUCUUUGACCUGAAGAGUGCGGCACAGGAGAUUGAAGCUGAUCGCAUCGAGCUCCAAGCUCAGCUUGAUCGAGUCCAGAACGCAGAUGACACCACCCGGUUUAACCGUGACAAACUUGAACUACGCAAGACUGUAACAAGACUUGAAAAUGAACUCAAAGUUCUGCGAGACGCCAAGUCGUCCCUUGAGGACCAGCUCGUCUCAGAAAGUGAGCGAUUUGUAUCAGAGGAGGGUCGUCUUUCGGCUGAAAUCGAUCGCCUUCAGGACAAAUUGCUCGCUGGCUCGGGUAACCGAGAUCGAGAACUUACUUCGGCCAAGACGAAGGUACAGCGCCUGGAGCGUCGCGCCCAAGAACUGGAAGCUCUUCUCGAGCAGCAACCUGUUGUGGAGAAUGAACAAUCUAGUGCACACGGGGAUCUCUCUUUGCUUCGACACAGCCUAGAGGAGGCUAGGAAACGCGAAAAGAUUUUGCUCCAGCGUGAAUCUAAGCAAAAGACUUCUGCGCAAAGCUACAAGUCACGAGUUGAAGAAUUAGAAAAGGAUCUUCAUGAUGCGAUGAUGAACAAAUUCGAGUCACACUCCCCACAUAAUUCUCCAUCAAACAAGCUUCAUGAAGAGCUACGCAGCCUACGAAAACAAGUGGCUGAAGCACAUCGAUCCCUUCAGAAGGUUAACACGAAGAACCGAGAGCUGGAACGUGCCGCAAUGAAAGCAGAGGACCAAAAGGACUUCCAUGAGCUCCUUAGGUCCUCCACCCUCGAAGCCGAAUCAUUAGCCCUGAAACUUUCUGAACGGGAAGCACGUCUGAACGAAUUGAAGACACAUGUGCGCCGGAUUCGCGAAGAACGAGAUGCUCACAAGCGCGAAGCUGAAGCAGCAACCAAAAAUCUUGAUCUAUUACAAAGACGCCAUGACGAAAUCCUCGAGAAAACUUCCCUUUCCAAGUCGACCAGCAAGACCAAACAUGAAAAAGAGAUCCGAGGUCUGGGCAAGGAAAUCAUCUGGCUCCGCGCUCGCCUGCAGCGUGAGGAAAAGUUCCGCCGUGAUCUUGCCUGGAGCAAGGGCUUGAUGGAACUCGGUGAACGCGUCCGAGUUGCAUGCAACGAUGCCGAUCUCCGCAUGAUUUCCGAGAUGGGCGUGCACGCCCGUGAUCGAGCCCCUGUCCGCACUCCACGCCAUAAACUAAAAUCUGCCAUAUCUCUAGUGAGGGCCGCUGUUCGCAUGCAAAAGAUGAGCAGUGACUGGAAGCGGACUAAGAAACUAGGCGAGGGGUUGAAGCGUGCUAAGACUGAAAUGCUCAAGCGCCGUGAUAGCUCGAACAAGAGCUUGCUUGGGUAG